AAGUUCAAGCCCUGACAGAGUGGAAAUUAAGAAAAUUAACAUCAAGCCUCGUGCAGACGAGCGAGCGAGCAAGGAAGGAAGGUUCUUGAGUCGAACCUUCUUCCUCUUUCGCAUUUGAUAAACCUCCCAUCCGGCCAAUGUGGUCUCGAUUCCCGUUCCUAUCCCGCCUUUAUCCUGUUUUUGGCCUUUCCGUUCGCCUAUUUUUCUCUCUCGCUCUCUCCUUGCGUUCUUGGUCGGUUUCUCGGCCUUCGCACGAGAUUUCUGAUCAGUGGAGUUCCUUCUACUCACUGGCUCUCAGACUGAGCAGUGUCACUAUAAACUGCUGGCCAGGAACCACGCCAGUUCUGGGUCGUUGAAGAAUUGGAACUCUGGAUCCAUUUGACGUGCUUUUCUUGAAAGCGAGAAUUUCCACACCCGUCAAAUUCGGAUCCGUCCAAUUCAUUCUUGAUACUGCUCGAAACUCCGGGCUGCAAAUUAUUCAGAUAUCAAAUGGAAACGGAGAGUGAGAUUCGUCGAAUCUGUCAUGACUCGGCUGGGCCAGAGUUGGAUUUGAAUGCGUGAGCAAAGUGUUCCAAUAUGAUCCACGCUUGUUUCUACGUAUUUCCAAGAGAUUCCGUGAAAAGGACAGAGUGAGUGGUUCAAAACUCGACGUGCAGACAAAUGGCAGUGACUACCACGCAGGUCAUAAACAAGGGGAAGUGUCAUCGGCAGCCAUGUCCACUUCGCAUAUGAUUCCAAUAGAAGUCCUCUUACGAACUUUUCCACGUGCUCUCGGAGGUGACCUUGGUCCUUAUUUCUUUAUGUGCUAACUCGUUCGAGGUCAGUUGCAAGUUCAUCCAGACUUUGCAAUACCACCCAGACCGACCCUUUCAGCAACGGUCAUAUUCUCAUUUGGAGCGCAACUCGUUCCAUGCCUUUGACCUCAAAGUUGGGAGUUUCUGACCCAAGCAUCGACAAGUGAUGAUGUGUAAGGGGACAGAUUGAAGCUUCACAUCCAAGUUGGAAAAGAUAUGCGGGACUUUGAACAAGUGGGUGAUGGCUCAAUGGAUCGGAUCACCGUUUGGCAUCACCCAACUCCACAUGGAGUUUUGAGGAUGAAAAAUUGAAAUCCUGCCAAAUGGUCGCGUUCCCACCAAGAUGAAGGUCAAGCUUUUGUUCUUGGAUCCACUCGCGGGUAAAUUCAUGAUAGCCUGGAUCAUCCUGGUGCACGUUUUUGGGACCGGUGGAUCCAACGAGGCUUCUUCCGUGUUCUUGAGGUCGCCUCGCACUAUGCAGUCCCAAGGAGGAUGGACCAAGGAUGGAAGUGGAGAGAAAGAUGAUCGGCUGCCAGAAAACCCAUCGGAGCCAUUGGCAGUUCGUUCGAAUGGAUCCUCGCUCACGAAAUUUCUUCACGAGCCUCAACUGGGGACGAGUUGGUACAACCCAAAUGGCCCCACACCCACUUUUUUCCCCGAUCAGAAGAAUGGGACCGUGUAUCACACCCGACUGGGAGCCGAGGUGCUUCUGAAUUGCAAAGUGACCUCAUUAGAGAGGGACCUCGUGUCAUGGAUUCGAAAAGACGAGGGCCUCAUGCCAGUGGUGCUCACGGUGGGCUUCAGGCCUCACUCCUCCGAGAACCGAUUCAUUCUCGACUUUCAGCCUCCCAACAACUACCGACUUCGCAUCCAGAAUGUGCAAUGGCAUGACGAAGGCCGAUAUCUGUGCCAACUCUCGGUGUAUCCCCCCUCCUUGAUGUGGUCCAGACUCGAGCUGAUCAGACCCAUUGUGCAUCUUCUCGACGGCGAUCAUAAGCCCGUGACUGCCCUUCAUUACGAGUCGGGCUCGACCAUUGAGAUCGUUUGUCGGGUGCGAAGGCCGCCCUAUUAUCAGGCCAGUCUCGUGUGGGAGGCCACCACCGGCAUGGCCACCACUGAUGAUCAGAUUCAUAUCCUCAAUCGUGAUACAACUCGGGGCGGUGUCAAGAUCGACACCGGUCGAGAUGAAGAGACAGGCUUUCUGGUGAGCGUGCUCUACUUGGACAAUGCUCAACCGUCAGACACGGGCAACUACACAUGUCGAUUACGGCACCUCCCGGAUAAUGCUCGACAGCGGUAUGGCCUCUCGGAUACGAUCUCGGUCCACGUGCUCAAGGCCGAGAACACGGAGGCAAUCUACAGCCAAUCCAGCCCGGGAAAAGGCUCAAUUUGGACCUGGAUUAUCGUACUCACUGCUUACAGUAGUGGUAAUAGCCCUUGGAUUGGGUGGCUUGGCAAUCCUGGAUGAAUGUCCACCUCACCUACUCCACGUCCCGGGACAGCAUGAUUAUCCUGAAAGACGGAUGGCGUCCAAUCUGAUUGAAAUUGGCUUCAGAUUCAGCCAAUCUUCUUGUGAGCAGGCGCCAUCAAAAGAAGACCACAACACAUUCACAAAUCCUGCAUUGGAAUCUUUUGACCACCGAAUUGAGGAGGGAAUAGGCAGAAGAGCUUCAUGCGAAGAAGCCACAUGCCAUAGAUUCAUUUUGCCUUCACUGUAAGAAGAAAAAGCUCUUGAAUACAUAGUGGAACUCGCUGUUGGGAACGGUCCCAACAGGUCAUGAUAAAAAAGAGGGAGAAAUUUGUUCCCCAGAGAAAAAAGUGGACACUUUUAUCUUGUCUGCAUCUCUUUCUUCUUGCUCUCCUCUCAUUCUGGUUUUGAUAUCGGUCACUUCGAUUCUUUCUCUCCCUUCCGUGAAACCGGGGAGAAUGGAUAAAAGAGAUUGUCUUAUCUGUACCAAAUCCUUCCGAGGAUAAAUAAUCUGAGUGAGUGUUGACAACAGUCUCAAUUUCCCCCUUUUUUGCUUUGAUAAACUGCGGAAUAAAUCUUGGCGAAAUGAACAUGCCGUCAUUUCCCGGUCAACUGGA